AUGGAAUUUCCCGCGCAACCCCCGUCCUCACUGAAUUCGAUCUCAGGAAGCCCCGUAGCGAAGACUGAGGUAUUUACAAGUCUUGUAAGGCCGUACAAUCUCGUGUCACCUCGUAGGAGCGCACCUGUAAGACUUCCUAGUUUAAAAAGCUUCGACCAAGAGGUAGAGGCCCUCAUCCGAGAAGAUAGGUCGCUGAAAACUCCUGCGUCUGUAUCUUCACUUGAUCACCGUUUCGUUGGAAGCCCAGCAACCAGCCAACCUGGCUCACAGUGGGGAACCGGCACCAGUCCCAGCCAGGACCGUCUUUCUCUCAAUUACUCUCUUCACUCAUGUCAUAUACGUUAUGGCAAGCAAGGCAAGCACCUCGUCGACGAUACUGGCACUCCAUCCCUUCGAGACCAGCCAAGCAUGACUUGUUAUCCGAGACCCACCAGGGAGGUUGAGAAGCGCCAUGUCAACCAGAAAUACACGACAGAGGAGGGCGACUACAUCAUUUACGCCUCGCAGGACAAAAAGAUGAAGUGGCACCGCAUCAAGGAGGAAUUUGCCAAACUCUUUGGCAACAUUCCCGAACGUAGCGUCUCAGGUCUUCAGGCCUGGUACUAUCGUAUGGGUCAGCGCGUACCUAUGUGCGAUCCGGAGGGCUGGCUAUGUUUCAGCAACGAGGACGACCUUCAGCCACGAUAUAUCAACCUGAAGAUUUGUGACCGCGGUCAUCUGGUAAAAUGCAUGGGUCCCCUUGGUAUCGCCCAACGGUACCCUGAGCGCGCUGUCCAAUAUUCCUGGGUUGAUGCCGAAACAAAAGCCAAGGCUCGAGACUUGGAGAGCUCUACAAUAUUACGAGCGGCGAUUGAGGCGAGAGGCAACCGAGGCUUCAAGGACAGAAGCAGUGACGGCUGUAGCUGGAGUAAGUGGAUGGGCAAGAAGCAAGCAAGAUAUCUCCUCAUUCCCACGUAA